UCCAAGUUUUGGCGCUAUUUUACUAUUUAUAAUCUAAUAUGUUUUGUUCAAUUAAUACAAUUUUCCCGCAACGCAGUUGAAAUUUUAUAUUAUUACAUGUCAUUUCAAAAUCACAUACUUUCUAAUUAAAUUUUCCAUGCCACCUUUAUUAACCUCCGACAAAAUGCCGAAUAUGAAAACGAUAGCUAAUACUGCUCGUGUAAUAUCGAAAAGACCAUUUAAAGUUUCAAUUGAAGGCAAUAUAGGGUCAGGAAAAUCAACGUGUAUUAAUUUCUUUAAUAAAUUUCACAACGUAGAAAAACAUUCGGAGCCCCUUCAUGAAUGGCGCAAUGUUAACGGUCACAACCUACUUGGUAUGGUGUACAGCGAUAUUCACAAGUGGACAUAUCCAUUCCAGCAUUAUGUACAUUUGUCUCGAUUAAAAAUACAGAUGAGCCCUCCGUCGACUCCUGAUAUUACUGUUAAAAUGUUUGAAAGAUCGGUACAGAACAGCAGGUACUGCUUUGUAGAGAAUGCAAGAAGGCACAAAUUCUUAGAGGAACCCCAGUUUCAUGUUCUUAACAGUUGGUAUGAAUUUGUGGAGAAGAACUUAGACAUUAAUUUAGAUCUCAUAGUAUAUUUGAAAACUUCGCCGCAAGUCGUUUGGGAGCGUAUGCUGAAACGCGGCCGAGCGGAGGAGUCUGAAGUACCUUUAGAAUACUUACAACAGGUCCACGAGUCCUACGAAAAUUGGAUUAAUUCACCUGAUAUUGGAUGCGAAGUGCUAACGAUAGACGCAGACAGAAACUUAGAUCUUGUGAAAGAAGAUUUAGAAAGGUAUACAUAUAAAAUACUUGGUGGCAACCACACCAAUUAACUAGAGGCUAAUUCUCAAUAUAUUUUUGUGUAUAACAAAAAUAAACAUUUGGGGAUGACCUAAAUCCUAUAUCCUACCUAAACAUAAAAAUAUUGAUUGUCUAAUGAAAUAUCUGAAUGAAUAUUUUAGCUAUUAUUUUGUACUUUUCUUCGAGUUAUUCACUUCCUAUGAAAAGUACAAUAGAAUUUUCAAGAGGUAUAUUUUUAUAGUAGAUUCUCAAUAAAAUUAGGAAAUAUUCU